CCCUCACCUGGCCGGGCCGCGGGGGAGGGGAAGAGGGGGAGCCGAGCGGCGGCGCAGCGACGUCUGUCCGUCCGUCCGUCCGUCCGCAGAUUGUUCUCAGAGGAAUAAUUUCACCAUUCUGCUUUAUUUACAGAUCCUUCCUACCCUACAAAUAUUCUUCCUGCACACCAACUGAAUUUCAAUAUAAGAAGGACUGAAUAUGACACCAAUUCUUAAAAUGAGCAGAAUUAUAGGGAGAAGGGUCAGCUCUUUUGUUGGAUACAUCUAUACGGAGCUUUGAGUUCACAUUUUGUAUCCGCACUGUGGACUUAGGGACCUAACACCUAGAAAAUAGAGGCUGGAAAGUUGCUUCUCAGCGGUGGAACAGCUGCGAGUUGCUUCACUGAAUUUUUACCCAGGCCCAUUAUUCCAACUACUGUGCAAAAGUUUCGAAAUGCAACGAAUCCAGCUCCUGGUGUUGAAAGAAUGUUCUACGGCAGAGCAAAUGAUCCUGACAUUGCAGUUCACUUGACACAUGGCAUAGUGUCACGUUCUUCACUCAGCGCAGCUUCAUUGAUAAAUCCACUUCCUAAAACUGAUUUUCAACAAAGAAUACAAGACAAAAAAGAAGCAAUCUACCUUAGUAAUCGUCAAGCACCCUUGGGCAGAUCGCACGAUCAAUCUUGUAUGUUACCUGAGGGCUUGGAUAUAAUUAAUACCACAUUUGGAACAAAAGUCAUCCAAGAUGUAUCAGCUGGAGAGAUUAUCAAUCCACCAAAAACGUAUGAAGAAGUGGAUAAAGAAGCCAGAGAAGGACAUGAUCUGUACAUUGUGUCACACAAUGAUUAUCACGUGGGGGAAGCAAUAAAUAGGAAGUAUGACUCGCCAAACUUCAGCAAGUCUUUUGUUUAUGGAAUAGAAACCCCUCACUUUAAAGAUGGGCGAGGCACAUACAAAUCCUUAAAUUGGCUCUGUGAUCUGCAAUUGAAGAAAGCAGCAAAAAUUGUAUCAAAACGAAGUGAUGAUUUCAAGGAAAAAUUUCAGCCACAGCUUGGAAAAGUCCUUGAUCCUAUAGCAGAAACUAUGAAUGUCCCCCCAGGCCAUACAUUUGGAAUGUUACUCCAUCGAGAUGAAUACGGGAUUGGCGAUCUUCUUCAGUGGCGGGUUCCAUGUGAGUUCCUCCAUGGUAAAGGCAGAGAGAGAGCUGUCUUGGCAGCAGUUCGACAGAGUUUGAAGAAAUCUAACUAUGAGAAUUUUGACAUGUUACUAGAAGCAUUCAGGCAUUAUGAUAAGAAUGGUAAUGGAAUGAUAGACAGGGACAACCUACGAAAGUCCUGUUUUCAGCUUAAUCUGAAUCUAGAUGAUGAGCUCCUGGAUUCCUUAUUUGACUGUUGUGAUUUGGAUAAAGAUGGUCUGAUUAAUUAUCUGGAGUUUGCAAACUUUCUGAACUGGAAAGACAAAACGGCUGUUAAAGAGUUUGAAGAAAAGAUAAUUACAAAAGGGAAAAAAAUAGAUGAUCCUGUUGUGCCUGAAGACACAAAGAUAAAUGAUGAGCCAAAGCAGGAAGAUCUUGUGCUAAAAGAACCCGGAAGCUCAGAAAAGGCAUCAAAAACUCUUACAAGAUCAACAGAUCAUGUAUUUGCAAAUUAUCAGACAACUUCUUCUCAGUAUAAUGCUGUAGUAGGUGGUCUCCCAACUACCUGUUAUCCAGUGUGCGGUGUUCCAACUGUUCAUUCAGAUACUCCUGCUUCUCACAUUCGCUGCAUCAGUGACAGAACUAACUAUGGUGAUGAGGCCAGUGCUUAUGCAUUAUUGUUCCCGUCUGUCUUUAGUGAAAAGGGAGUGUAUGAAAGAGACUUUUUUAAAACAAGACCAAAGGCAGAGAUUGCAGAAAUUCUCCACAACAUUGGCAUGAACAUUUCAGAUGAAAGGUUUGAAGAGAUAUGGAAGCAAGCCUGUAUGAAACAUCACAAGGAAGAGGUUUGUGUAGAAAGCAUCAAGAAUGUACUGGAUGAGAUACAUGAAUCACACACAGAAACCAGUUGCUAAUUCUACUCUUUAGGCAUUGCAUUUAAUUGACACCAGUCAUAAUUCUGAUGCUGAAUACAAUAAACAUUUUCAAUAACGUGUUUAUA